GCGGUCCCCGUGGCCAUGACACCAGGCCCCGCCCGGGCCUCCUCCGUCGCCAUGGCAACACCAGGCCGGGCAGGCGACGCCAUCUUAAGACCGGGCACAGCGGCCUCGUCUCCUCCCCCUUUCCAGCCCCCUCGCUUCCGGUCACCUGCCAAUCAUUCGGGCGGCGCGCCAGCGACUUCCGGCGAGGUGGCCAAUCGUGGCGGCGGCUGCGGGGAGCCACGUGACGCGGAAGCGGAAGUAGGAGACGUGGAGAUGGAGCCGGACGGGGCGACACGGCACCCCCCCAAACGCCGGUUACCGGCCACGGCGCCUCGUAUGGCGGAUCCACACCCUCUCUUCGGUGAUACCAGCGCGGCGGGGGGCGGCGGGGCCCAACCGGGCCGGGGUUACGGGGCUCCCCCGGCCGCCGCCGCCGCCUCCCGGGACCCACCGGCCGCGGCCUUCCUGGGCGAGCCGGUGUCCAGCCUGGCCAUGGCCUACGGGAGCAGCUUGGCCAGCCAGGCCCGCGACAUCAUGGACCGUAACGUGAGUGGGGGGGGGACGCGACACGGGGGGGCUCCGUGGCCGGUUACCGGGACCCCUCACGGCCCUUUAACUCUCCGCCGCCUGUUGCUCGACCGGUUCAUCCCCGUGGGGCGGCUGAAGUAUUAUUUCGCCGUGGACACCGCGUACGUGGGGAGGAAACUGGGGCUUCUCAUCUUUCCCUUCGCGCAUCAGGACUGGCAGGUGCGGUACCAGCAGGACACCCCCGUCGCCCCCCGCUUCGACGUCAACGCCCCCGAUCUCUACAUCCCAACGAUGGCCUUCAUCACCUACAUCCUCGUCGCCUGCUUGGUGCUGGGCACCCAAAACAGGUUCUCCCCCGACAGCCUGGGCUUGCAGGCGAGCUCGGCGCUGGCCUGGCUCAUCGUGGAGGUUCUGGCCAUCCUCCUCAGCCUCUACCUCCUCGCCAUCAACACCAGCCUCACCACCAUCGACCUCAUCGCCUUCGUCGGCUACAAAUAUGUGGGGAUGAAUCUGGGCCUCAUCGCCGGGCUCGUUUUCGGCCGCAGAGGUUACUACGUGGUGCUGAGCUGGUGCUGCCUCAGCAUUUUCGUGUUUAUGGUAAAAAAUAGAGUGAAAAAGGGCGGGGGGGGCUGGGUGCAGAGUCCAUUGGGGCGCUGGUCCCCGAGAGGCCACCGUCGGUCCCCGAGAGGCCCCCCCGCCCCCGAGGUCAUUGUGGUGCCACGACCCACGCAGGGGCUGCUGGCCCCCCUCCCCACCGUGCCCCCCCGCGAGGGGCCAGGCCCAGGCUGA